AGUCAGGCCUCAGAAAGAUGGCGUCCUCGGAGCAGGCAGAGCAGCCGAGCCAGAUUUUUGACUGGAUGCCAGAGGCUGAAUUUUACAUUGUUGAAGCUCUGGAUUUCGUGGUCCUUACAGAGUGUUGAGCUUUGUUCUGCCAAGCUCUACUCCAGGAAGUGAAAAUGUGAUGCCCCGAGAGCCACUGAUUGCCACAGCAGUGAAGUUCCUGCAGAACUCCCGGGUCCGCCAGAGCCCACUUGCGACCAGGAGAGCCUUCCUCAAGAAGAAAGGGCUGACAGACGAAGAGAUCGAUGUCGCUUUCCAGCAGUCAGGCACGGCUGCCGAGGAGCCUUCGUCCUUGGGUUCAGCCACACAGGUGGUUCCUGUCCAGCCCCCUCACCUCAUUUCUCAGCCAUACAGCCCCGUGGGUUCCCGAUGGAGAGACUACAGUGCCUUGGCUGUCAUCAUGGCGGGCAUCGCAUUCGGCUUUCACCACCUCUACAAGAAACACCUGCUGCCGCUCAUCGCGGGCGGCCGGGAGGACAGGAAGCAGCUGGCGCGGAUGGAGGCGAGCCUCGCCGAGCUGAGCGGCCGCGUGGCGCAGACAGUGACUCAGUUACAGGUGACGUUAGCCUCUGUCCAGGAGCUGCUGAUCCAGCAGCAGCAGAAAGUCCAGGAGCUCGCCCAUGAACUGGCCACAGCCAAGGCCACCACAUCCACCAACUGGAUCCUAGAGUCCCAGAAUAUCAAUGAACUCAAGUCGGAAAUUAACUCCCUCAAAGGGCUUCUUUUAAAUCGGAGGCAGUUCCCACCCUCCCCUUCGGCCCCAAAGAUCCCGUCCUGGCAGAUCCCAGUCAAGUCACCGUCACCCUCCAGCCCGGCCGCCGUGAACCACCACAGCAGCAGUGACAUCUCGCCUGUCAGCAACGAGUCCACGUCACCCUCGCCUGUGAAGGAGGGCCACAGCCCCGAGGGCUCCACUGCCAGCUACCACCUGCUGGGUCCCCCAGAGGAGGGCGAGGGCGACGUGGAUGUCAAGGGCCAGGUGAGGAUGGAGGUGCAGGGCGAAGAGAAGAGCGACGACGAGGAGGACGAGGGCCACGUGGGCGGGGAGGACCGCCGGGGCGUGCAGCGGGAGGAUCGCCGUGGCGGCGACGGGCAGAUCAACGAGCAGGUGGACAAGCUACGGCGGCCCGAGGGUGCCAGCAACGAGAACGAGCGGGACUAGGCCCAGGUGUCCCUGGAGGUGGCCGACGCCCGGCCCUAGCCCCUCCUGGGGCUCCGGGAGGCACUUUGAGCCAGCUGGGGGCCUGGGGCCUGGGGCCUGGAGCAGUGUGAGGCCUGGGCACCCUGGCGCCUGCACGCGGGGCUGCACUCUGUCCGCCCAGCCUCCUCUCACCUGCCGCUUCCUCAGCUCAGCCCGGGCAGCAGCCUUGACCUUGUUCCGUCAGUGAGGCCCCUCUGCCGGCCUCCUGGACCCGGGCUUGUCCAGGUGUGUCUGCUGAGCAUCUUAGCUAACCCAGCACCGUGCAUGACAAGAGGUAGCUCUUACCUGACUCCUGCCCUCAGAGUUGGAGGAGCUGCGUUGACCAGGUGCC